GUGAAGGAGAGGAAGAUGGGUGGCGGAGCUGCCGAGAUCUGAGCAAAAUCAGGGACGAUCUGUUAUGCUUUGUUGCUUCUGUUUGGUCCGGUGAAGGAGAGGAAGAUGAGUAGCCGGGAUGUGAGCUUUAUCAGGAGCUGUCAACGGAAGUGGAGCAAUGAUGAGGCGGUGACUGGUGGUGAGAUCUUGACGGAAGUGGUGCAGAGAUCAGGUUGCUUUGUCGGAGGUGAUGAGGCGGUGAUUGGUGUGGUGAGAUGCCGGUGGAGUCAUGGCACGGAGAUGGAGCAGGGAUGAAGGAGAGGGAUGGCCGGUGGAUGAUGUGUUUCUCCAACUUUCUAAUUCUAUUUUUUCCAUGUGUUUUUACAAAAUGUUACUUUUGAUUAGGGUCUUUAGAUUUAAUUUUAGUUUAAAUUUAAGAUUUUUUAAUAUAAUAUCAUUAAAAAA